AGAAGCUUUUUCCCUUUGUCAGAGGACAGCUGUCACCAUGGAGGAUGAGUUUAAGGGAUAUGUCUGGCCAGCUCAGCGACGAGGGGUCAAGAUUCCCGCAAGAAGUGAGGUGGUGAUCUGGGGACGAGCUCGAGCAGGACCAGCAGGGACAAACUACUGCGGCCUGGUGGAAGCCCUGGAGGAGCUCAACACUGUCACAGUGGCCCGCACCCUUGCUAUCGUCAGAAAUGGUAGGCUCCCUGUUCGUCUAAAAAAUUGUAAUAAUUUUCCAGUUACUCUAGGGCGCUACCAGAAGAUUGGCCGCCUCUACCAAGUCGACGACGUGGAUGUCCAUGGAGGUCGAGAUGUGGACCUGGCUGUUGAUGACAGUGGCGUAUUGCAGGUCGGCCUGGUGGAAGCCCUGGAGGAGCUCAACACUGUCACAGUGGCCCGCACCCUUGCUAUCGUCAGAAAUGGCAGGCUCCCUGUUCGUCUAAAAAAUUGUAAUAAUUUUCCAGUUACUCUAGGGCGCUACCAGAAGAUUGGCCGCCUCUACCAAGUCGACGACGUGGAUGUCCAUGGAGGUCGAGAUGUGGACCUGGCUGUUGAUGACAGUGGCGUAUUGCAGGUCGGCCUGGUGGAAGCUGUGGACACCUCAGGGGAGGGCAACGGCUUCAGCCUAGAAAGACUAGUGGAACGACCAGGUUUAACACCUGCUGAAGCUGGAUUGAAGAGACUCUAACCUCCCUUUCUAAGGCAGAGUGGUUUUCCACUUUGGACCUGGCCAGUGGAUAUUGGCAAGUUGAAAUGGAUCCUAAGGAUAGAGAAAAGACUGCCUUCACUACACCUUUGGGCCUUUUUGAAUUCCAGCGCAUGCCGUUUGGUCUUUGCAAUGCACCUGCAACGUUUCAGAGACUAAUGCAACAAUGUCUGAGUGGUCAUAUUGCUGAGUCCCUGCUUGUAUAUUUGGAUGACAUAAUUGUCUAUUCACCUGAUUUUGAUACCCACCUGCAGCAUCUGGAAGAAGUCUUCAUGUGUCUGUGGAAGCAUGGCCUGAAGCUGAGACCCGACAAGUGCAACCUGUUCCAGAGAGAGGUGAGAUUUCUGGGUCAUGUGGUCAACCAGAGGGGAGUUAUGCCUGAUCCAGACAAGGUGGCUGCAGUUACAGAGUGGGCUGCUCCAAAGUGCAUUAAAGAAGUGAGGGCAUUCCUGGGCUUGGCAGGCUAUUACAGACGUUUCAUACAGGGGUUCUCCAAAAUUGCACGGCCACUUAAUUCUCUUUUAACAGGCAUCCCUACUGACAAGAAGCAUGGUGCCAAAUUAAUUGACUGGACAUCAGACUGUCAAGCUGCAUUUGACAAACUAAAGGAGGCAUUAACUCAAGCGCCGAUACUAGCUUAUGCAGACUAUACCCAGCCUUUCAGUCUGUACACUGAUGCCAGUUAUCAUGGAUUGGGUGCAGUCCUGGCUCAAAAUCAAGAGGGAGAAGAGCGAGUAAUCGCUUACGCCAGUCGCAGUCUACACCCUGCAGAGCGAAAUGAUGCAAACUACAGCUCAUUUAAAUUGGAGCUCUUGGCACUGAAAUGGGCAAUCACUGAAAAAUUUAAGGAUUAUUUAACUGGCGCUAAGUUUACAGUGUUUACUGACAAUAAUCCAGUCGCCCACCUACAGACUGCUAAACUUGGGGCUGUGGAACAAAGGUGGGUUGCACAGUUGGCCUCAUUUGAUUUUGAGGUGAAGUAUCGAGCUGGAAAAGAAAAUGUGAAUGCAGAUGCAUUGUCCAGAUUCCCCAAGGUUACGACCAAUAUUGGCUGCGCUGUGGCAGCUGUAAUGGAUGCAGAUGCAGAAGACACAGCUUCACUCGAACUGGGGGAGGACUGGCAGGCCCUACAGGGGGCAGAUCCAGACGUACAUCAAAUACGAGUGUAUGUGGAAAAGGGGAAAGCCCCGACUAAGACUGAGCAGGCAGCUCUAAGUGAACCAGCCAAAAAGCUGCUGAAACAUUGGAAACGACUCCGCAUACACAAAGGGAUUCUCUGCAGACAUGUGUUUGACUCCUAUGUAUGUGAGCCCCGUUUCCAGAUUGUGUGCCCAGAUUCUAAGCGUCAGGAGGUCUGGAGGAAAUGUCAUGAAGCUACAGCCCACGCAGGAGUGGAGAGGACCCUCACUCAUCUGAGGCGCCAUUUCUUCUGGCCAGGCAUGGAAAAGAGGGUACAGUGUUUUCAGAAUGGGUGUGUUGUUUGUAGUCUACAAAAAAAUCGUGUAGAACAACGAGCACCUCUUAAGCCGAUAGUGGUGUCUUACCCUUUAGAGGUAGUAGCCCUUGAUUUUCUCUCGUUGCGCCGACCAAGUGACACUUAUCAAAGUAUUUUAGUAAUGACUGAUAUGUUCACCCGUUACUCAUGGGCUGUCCCUACACGUGAUCAAACUGCUCAAACUACUGUUCGUGCAAUUUGGUCUCAUGUCAUUCAACCGUUUGGCUGCCCAGCACGUUUCCAUUCGGAUCAGGGACCAAAUUUUGAAUCGGAACUUAUGAAAGAACUGUGUAGCUUGUAUGGCGUUUCUAAAAGUCGCACUACCCCAUAUCACCCAGCAGGUAACGGGAGAGUAGAAAGGAUGAAUCAAACAUUAUUAAACAUGCUUCGUUCACUUGAGGUUGAAAAG